CGGAAGCGAACAUCAGCAUCAAAUUUAUCUGGCUCUUAAGAGACGGUACUGGCGCGCUCAGAUCGUUUUUGUGAGAGAAGACGAAGCAUUUGAAGAACUAUACAAACUUGUGGUUUCUGAUCGAAGGAAACAAGGAAACACUUUCAUCAAGGAAUAUUCUCUUAAAGGAGAAAUAAAGAAAUAAACAUAUCAAGAACAUUGCAUUUUUUCAUUAAAUGGUGGUUGCAAAGUUGGUCAUCCAAAAGAUCAAGCGCGUCUGUCCAUGAAAAGUUCUGGUUGGCAAGUGUACCAAAGGGAACCACCUCGUGAAGACCGCUGCCACUUUAAUUACGACGAUUCUUUCAGCCCUUUGGUUAACUUUGACAAGCAUUUUGAAAUUUUUACUGCAGUCAUUCCAUUUUGUUUGCAAGGGUACAGUUACUGUACUCCCAGUGAUGUUUUCAAGUUCAUGGAGAACUUUGACAAAGAUAUUAGUGUUUGUGUUUCAGUCAGCUCAAUUCCUCUUAAGGGCAACGGGAUCGAUUAUUUCAAUUCUAUGGACAAUCCUGACAAGCAUUUUACAAGCCUUAUUUCAGUCUGCAAAAUUCCUGUUAAGUGAAAAUGAUCGUCCAGAAAAUUGGAGUCCUAUGCCAAAGAAGAAUGGAAUAGAAGUGUCUGUACAUCUUGUCGAGCUCGAGGAAUGUUCUCACGAGUAUCGAGAGGUCCUUCAAAAGUUUCAAAACACCGGUGGCAAUGGGUGCAUUAAGAAUAUAAAACGCAUACAGAAUCCACAUUUGUACGAUCUUUACAUGGUCCGAAAAAGAAAAAUUGACAAAGAAACUCGAAGGCAAAACAACGAGAAGAAGCUGUUUCAUGGGACAAAUUAUAAAAACCUAGAAAAAAUAAAUGAAAAUGGUUUCAAUAGAAGCUUCUGUGGAGUACACGCAACGUUGUUUGGAAAAGGCGUUUACUUUGCUGGAGACGCUGGAUAUUCCAUGAAAUACAGUGAUGCUACGGAUAGUGGCUAUAAAUCUCUGUACCUCGCUCGUGUUUUGGUCGGUCAGUAUACGGAGAUGCAGAAGGGGAAUAAAGACUUAAAAGAGCCACCGUUUAAUCCACAAACACAAAGACAUUAUGAUUCUGUUAGUGGUUACAAUGGGAGAAUUUUUGUCGUCUUCCACGAUGCACAGUGCUAUCCUGAGUAUUUAAUUACGUUAAAAAUCUUAAAGGAAAAUGGUCCACCAGCAUCCAAUGCCGUCGUGUUAAAAAAACAAAACAACAACAACAACAACAACAACAACAACAACAACAACAACAGAAACACAUUAUGUUUCAAAAACUGAAUACACCGUGCUAGAUAUUCGCAUUUUUCAUACAAUUGUAUAUGAUAUGAAAGGUUGAAAAACUUCCUGCCAGUGCAUACUGAGUGUAGAGUGGUGUACCGAAAAAAACAACAACAAACAAACAAAGAAAAACAUGCAAAAUAUAAAAAAAA